UACGGAAAAGGUGUUUGUACAUGGAUGUUCAAUAGCAUUGGAAUAAUUGUUGCUUUUUAUGUUCCGGUCUGCAUCUCAUUAUUGGUCAACAUCGUCAGCUUCAUAAUAACAUUGUGUGGAAUUGAACGAAGUAGCAUAUCAUCAACUGUAACCAACUUGGAAAAUCACCGCCCACACAGGCAACGAUGCUUGAUCUAUACAAAACUUUCAUUCAUUAUGGGACUCACUUGGAUCUUCGGCAUUGUUGGAGCUAUUGUUCAUAAUGAAAUCCUUUGGUACGUUUUCAUCAUCUUCAAUGGUCUUCAAGGUUUCUUUAUUUUCCUAUCGUUU